AUGCCCAGUUCCAUCCUGGCGCCACCUGUAACUGCACUUCUACCUGAUGCAAGCUCGGAUGGAGACGACGACGUCGAGAUGACCAAUGUCACGAAGAAACAGGACGACAAAGACGAGCUCAAAGAUGAAGACAAGAGCGGGCCCCUUCCCAAGAUUAACAAAGGCAAAGGCAGGGCGCAUGCACCAGCGAGAGGCAAUGAAAAACAUGAUGGAGAGCAGCGAGAAGACAAAGAUGCAGACAAAGAAGAAGGAGAGGGAGAGGUACAAGGUGCGAGGGUUUGGGAUAUCCCCACAUCGGAAGAGAUCCAGGCAUCUUUCUGCGCAUACUUGAGGUCGGCCACUCCUGGCAGCGAGGCAUUGGACGCGCGCCCGGUUUCGCUCUUGACGUAUCCAACAAUCAGGAACGGCCUGUGA